AUGGGUCGCCAUGGUCUUCAUCUUGUUCAUUCAAAAGCAUGGGAGAAACAUCAUGAGCUUCCCAUAUACGGUGUUCGUUCACCACGGCAAAUGAAUCGACUGACAUCUAAAUUAUCUCAAUGUCAACAGUCGACGGAUCGUCUUCAAACACUGGUUUACGAAAUGAAAAUUUGUCCACAAGCUUUCAGCGGUGAACAAGUCAUCACGUUAGCAUCCUAUUUCUCUGGCACCGAACUCGUACUCGCUCUUCAUCUGUUUGAUAAUCAUCUAUUUGGUUUUCGUUGUGAUCAAGCUAUGGUUUUGUUGCAAAUGAUUUCGGUGCCCCAACAACGUCUGGACGCUUUGCAAGUCAUCGACGAGAAUCUACUAGAUCCAGUGAAUCGCUUUCAAUUGAGAAGCCUGUUCCCAUCCUACUUAUUUCCACAAGUCGACCAAAUUCUGGCAGAAGUCCGUGGCCAAUCGCAUAUUUACGGGUCGGUGACUAGUUCUCGAGUGAUUUUUCUCAUUGAUACAAGUGGUUCGAUGAGUACUGAGUUUCAAACGGGCUGUGGACAAUAUUUCAAUCGUCUGGAAUUUAUUGUUCACGAUCUGCAUAAAAUUCUUCAUCACCGUGUAUUAGCUCAAUUCAGAUUCAAUAUCAUCCAUUUCGGUACACACGUUCACAGUUGGAAGCAUGGACUGACAUCAGCGACGUCCUCUCAUCUAAAGCAAGCAGAGCAUUAUCUCGAUGAUUUGGAAGCGCAUGGACAAACGAAUACGUACAAUGCAUUGAAGCAGGCACUCGGAGAUGAAGAAGCAGAUACAAUUUAUUUACUUUCCGAUGGUGAACCAUCAAUGGAUACAAGAACGAUUUUACUUGAUCUAAAAGUAUGGUUACGUCAGCGACGAAAUCCAUGUGUUAUACAUACAGUUGCAUUUAUCAUGGGACAUACAGACGAUGAUCCAAAACCAAGAGAAUUUAUGGGUCAGAUUGCAGCCAUAUCAGGCGGCGUGUUCAGAUGUUUGGAUCCAUUUACUUCAGUACACCAAGAAUUUGGUAUUGAUUCAUACAGUGACACUCCAAAUUUGAAUGACGACGACUUUGUUCGUUUUUUUCAAGGAAGACUUAGAGAUGUACCUUCGCAGUUGUUGCAAAGUGUUGGUUUCGAUUACCGACGACCGUAUUAUUCUCCCGGAAUGCUCACAACAAAUCAGUGUCAUCAAGAGUUAACUUCUCCCGAUUUCAAAUCUCAACUUAAAUUCCGUCCUCGCCUGCAAAACGAUAUUGAUAUUCCAUCGUUUCAUCAUGAGCGUGGUCAUAAUCGUUUUGAAAUUUGUUUAAAUAUCCAACAAAUUAUCCCUGGACAAAAUGGUCAAUGGUCAGUCUCACAUACAUUCGAUGAAUUCAAGCAACUUCAUCAUCAACUGCAAAAACGAUGCACCGUACCGACGUUUCCUUCUAGUCAUCACUCUCUAUUUCACAUAGGCAAUCAAAUUCACGAACAGCAUCGACAAGACCUCGAAACUUAUAUCAAACAAUUGUAUGUUUACGUCAGUCCUUAUGAUCAUCCUGAAUUUGAUUUAUUCCUUUUAAUGGAAUUGCACGCGAAUCAAAUAGUACAACAAGCUGUAAUCGAAUGGAGAACACGUAGACAACACUCAGUGAUAUCGCCUGAUGAAGAAUCACCACCGCCACCUUACGAUUCUCAAUGA